ACGACAGAGCCUAACAGAGGCAUGGACGCUGCACCCAACGGUGUUGCAGCCACGAAAGUGGACGAUGAGCAGAGUCGUCGCGCCAAGCGCACCGCUCUGAAGGAACUGAACCUAUCCGAAGCUGGGAAAGAGCCUGAGAAGGCCCUCGACUCGUCCUUGAAGAGACAUACCGCGCUCAUCAAGCGGACGCGUCAAUCCUUGGGCGUUGAGAACCACGACCAGAUCGUCAAGGAUAUCAACUCGCUUUCGCUAGAGAAGUACGUGGACGAGAUCGUCGGAGCGGUCGUAGAAGGCAUAUCUAGAUGCAAGACGGAGAAAGACGUCUGGAGCGCGGUCGAGAUCAUCUCCGCACUGCACCGUCGCUUUCCAAAGACUUUCACUCCUGCGCUAGUUUCGUCUCUGGCGGCCUCCCUUGCUGCGCCAUCGCGGGCCUCUCUCGCGGCCCUGUCUCCCGAGCAGCGCGAGAAGGAAGAUUCAACGCGGGUUUCGCGUCAACGUCCGGUCCUGCGUGUAUGCGCGGAACUAGCCCUCGUCGGAAUCAUAAGGGAUACGCCGGAGAGAAGUGGCGGGGAAUGGAUCAUGAAGAUAGUGCGGGAUUUGUUAUCUAAUGAUCCUUCACUCUCCUCACUCCCUCUACUACUGGUAUUCUUGAAGUCUUACUCCAGACCAUACCUAGGGAUAGUACCGCCUGCAGCGUCGAAGCAGAUCUCCGCUGCCGCAGAGCCAGGCACGCUCUCCGAUGCCGCGAGCGAGGAAGCUUCACAGACGAAUGGUGCUUUUCCCGCGCUUGCCAACGAGGAGGAAGAAUUGGUCGAGAAGGAGAUCAGGGACCGUUUCAAGAAGAUGUGCGAAGGCUACUUCGACCAAGUGGCUAAGAAGUUGGUCAUCGAACAUAACCGUCUGCAAGAACAGGAUAGGCGCAAUCAUGAAGCAUAUAUCCGCUCCGGGGAGAUCUUCGAGGAUCGCCAACAGGCGUACGAGAAGAUGACCAAGAGCUACGAGAAGCUCCUUGCUAGUUGCCAGAGCCUAUCUGAACUGUUGUACCUGCCAAUGCCCACGCUGAAGACCGCUUCUCAGAAGACUGAGUCGAUUCAAAUAGGUAUGAACACCGGUUCUAGCCUCUUUGGCGCGGACUUGGAUGAGACAGCCGCAAGUGGUGGAAAAUGGGAGGACGAGGAAGAGCGCCGCUUCUACGAAGAGAUCCCAGAUCUCAAGGAUUACGUCCCUCGCAGCGUGCUGGGACUCGAGGGUGAUAGUGACGUUGAGACGGUUGACGGAGAGGAGAAGGAGCGGAUUGAGAAGGAGAUGGUCGAGGAAGAGUUCCGGAAGCUGGAAGAGGAGCUCGCCGAGAUGAAGAUAGACGAGAAUGGUCAGGUUGUCGGCAACGGCCGCAGCAGACAGAUCGACGAGAAGGACGAAGAGGAUGCAGACGAUGCACCCACUCCGACCCCCGGGACGCCCAAGGAAUCGCCCACUGCGACACCUCAGUUGGCACCUCAGGGCCCCUCACAGCUCCUCACAGCGCUUUUGGCACGGCUGCCAGACGCGACAAACCGCUCGCUAAUCGACCAGGCAGCGGUCGAUUUUGCCUUCCUCAACUCGAAAGCCGCGAGGAAGCGGCUUGUGAAGUUCUUGGGGCAGAUUCCCAAAAGCCGCACGGAUUUGCUCCCUCAUUACUCCAGGCUCAUAGCCAUUCUUGCUCGCUACUUGCCCGACGUCGGACAGGAUGUUGUCGCGAUGCUCGACGAAGAGUUUCGGUAUUUGCAGCGUAAGAAGAACGUCGUCAAGGAGCUCGCCGAAGUCCGAUUACGCAAUACCACUUUCCUGUCGAACCUCACCAAAUUUGGCGUCGUGCCUCCUCACGUCAUCCUGCAUAUGUUCAAGGUAUGCUUGGACGACUUCUCCGGGACGAAUGUCGAGAAUCUCGCCUUGCUGCUAGAAGGAUGUGGGCGCUUCUUGCUGAGAAGCGAGGAUACUAGGGUCCCUUUCGGGAAGAUGAUUGAGCUUAUGCGCCGCAAGCAAAGCAUGGCCCACCUCGACCAGAGGCAAUUGUUGCUUUUGGAGAACGCAUAUUACCAAUGCAACCCUCCCGAGCGGACGGCCCGGCAAGUCAAGGAACGCACGCCUAUGGAGCUGUUCAUCCGCCACCUCAUCUACGACGUCCUCACAAAGAAGACGGUCGAGAAGGUACUCAGGCUCAUUCGGCGUUUGGACUGGAACGACCCCGUUGUCUUGCGCACGUUGCACAAAGUGUUCACGAAGCCGUGGAAGAUCAAGUAUGGGCAGAUCCCGCUCCUUGCGAUACUCGCCUACGAUUUGCAACGUUAUCACCCUGCGUUCUCGAUCGGGGUCGUCGACCAGGUCAUGGAGGAUAUCCGGCGUGGAUUGGAGACCAAUAUGUAUAGCAUGAACCAGCGCCGGAUCGCGUCUGCCAAGUUCCUCGGGGAGUUGUACAUCUACAGGCUGAUCAGCAGCGGCAUCAUCUUUGAUACGCUGUGGACCCUCGUUACGUUCGGGCACCCGGAGGGUCGGCCCACUCCCGGCCAGCCGUCUCAGAUCGACAUGCCAGACGAUUUCUUCCGCGUGCGGAUCGUCUGCGUCCUGCUUGAUACAUGCGGGAUGUGUUUCGACCGCGGCUCGCAGCUGAGAAAGCUCGACAACUUCCUCACAUUCUUCCAGCUCUACAUACUUUCGAAGGGGCCGUUACCGAUGGACGUCGAAUUUAUGCUGUCAGACUCACUGGAGGCAGUGAGGCCCAGGCUAGUCCUGUUCAAGACUUACGACGAAGCAGCGGUGGCUGUGGACGAGAUGUUCGCCGUCGCGUACCAGAACGCCGGGAUCGUCAGAGAUGGCGGAGACGACAGCGGUGAGGAGAGCGGAGAAGAGGAUGACGACGAGAAAGAGAGAGGUCAAAUGGAUGAAGACGACGAAGACGAACAGCUUCAGCCCGAGUCCCCAGUCGACGAACGUGCCCCGUCUCCGGAAGCCGUCUUGCUUAAGUCCCAGCACGAGCACAUUGGCCCCACUGAGGAUGACGAGGCUGACUUCGCUAAAGAGCUCGCUAAGCUCGUUACCGACACUUCCGCUGAGUCGAGGAAGAUCGACAAGAAGACUGCGCUUGCUCUCUGGGACACUGCACUACCACCUCCUGUUAUUCGAAAGAAGAAGCACGAAGAAUACGACGAGGAUGGCGAGGCUGCUGCUGGGGAAGCCGCCGAAGACGCUGGUGUCAUGAAGUUCACCUUGUUCACCAAGCGGGGCAAUAAGCAACAGACACGCCAAAUUGCCAUCCCCUCGGAGUCUACGUUGGCCAUUCAAACGCGCACUGCACAGAUGCAAGACAAGGUUGAGCAGCAGCACCUGAAGAGGCUCGUGCUCAACUAUGAGCAGCGCGAGGAAGCCGAAGAGCUGAAGGCCCUCGAAGCUCGCAGCCGUCAAGGGCCUAUCAAAAUUCGGCUCGCAGGCUAGCAGCACGCCCACACCACCAUCUCCUCCGCUGAAAGAAGGAAACUACCUUCUAGCUUGUGCUCGCCCUCCCUUCUCGCCGGACCCCGGCGGCCCCUGCCUCGGUCGCGCGACCGCAGGCCAGAACAUAUGAUGCCUGCUCACUGAGACAGCGCGUUCUCAGUACGAUUCAGGAUUCGGCAGGCCGCAACGUAGGCAUCCCUGGCCAUGCCGUCCUGAGCUCUCGCCCGAUGCACGGCUUGUAUGCGUCGGUCGCCUGACGCCCAUUGGGCGUCGACCAGCUGUCUCCAGGUAUGCGAUGGACGGUUUGGAUCGG